AUGGAUUCACUCCAUGCCCACGGAUCCGCCUGGAUCCGCCUGAUCCACACGGAUCCGCACGGAUCCACCGGGAUCCCCCCGCUCACGGUGCCCCCUCCCGCAGACAGCAGCCUCCUGAGCCCGCAGCUCCAGCGGAUCCUGGAGCGCGUCCGGAGCGGCGCCGACUUCAUGCCCGCCUGGCAGGCGACCCGGGUGCUCGCCGAGGAGCUGGGGCCCGGCUGGCGCCGCCGCGUCGCCGCCUUCGCCCCGUCGCCCUUCGCCGCCGCCUCCCUGGGCCAGGUCCACGGGGCGACGCUCCCGGACGGCACCGCGCUCGCCGUCAAGAUCCAGUAUCCCGGCGUGGCCCGCAGCAUCCGCAGCGAUGUGCAGAACCUGCUGGCCUUGCUGCGCCUCGCCAAGGCGCUCCCACGGGGACUCUUUGCGGACAACGCGCUGCGCGUGCUGCAGCAGGAACUGGAAUGGGAAUGUGACUACCGGCGCGAGGCCGAGUGCGCCCGUACCUUCAGGCGGCUGCUGCAGGACGAUCCCUUCUUCGUGGUGCCGCGCGUGCUGCCGGAGCUGAGCGCCGGGCGCGUGCUCACCAUGGAGCUGGGAAUGGGAAUCCCGCUGGAUCGCUGCCGGGAGCUGCGGCAGGAGCUGCGCGACGAGCUGGGCACCCAGCUGCUGCGCCUGUGCCUGCGGGAGCUGCUGGAAUUCCGCUUCAUGCAGACGGAUCCCAACUGGGCCAACUACCUGUACGACGCCGGGAAGCACCGGGUGACGCUGCUGGACUUCGGAGCCAGCCGCUCCUUCCCGCGGGAAUUCACGGAUCACUACAUCGAGGUGGUGCGGGCGGCAGCCGACGGCGACCGGGAAAAGGUGCUGCAGAAAUCCCGGGAUCUGAAGUUCCUGACGGGAUUCGAGAGCAAGGCGCAGGAAUCGGCGCACGCGGCGGCGGCGCUGGCGCUGGGCGAAGCCUUCGCGUCUCCGGCUCCCUUCGACUUCGGCGCGCGGGGCUGCGGCUCCCGCUUCCAGCCGCUGCUCCCGCCGCUGCUCCGGAGCCGCCUGGCGCCGCCGCCCGAUCCCGCCUAUUCCCUGCACCGCAAGCUGGCCGGCACCUUCCUGGCCUGCGUCCAGCUGCGCGCCCGGAUCCGCUGCCGGCAGCUGCUGGAGGACGCCUACGCGCGCUACCGGGAACGCGCCAGGGCCGAGCGGGAGCAUCCGGAGCCACCUGGAGCCCCCCGGGAUCAUUCCGGCAUUCCCAGUGCCUAAUGGGAGCGCCYGGAGCUGCCCGGAGCCACCAGGGAUCAUCCUGACAUUCCCGGCACCUCCCGGGAGCGCCUGGAAUCAUCCUGACAUUCCCGGUGCCCGGAGCCACCCAGGAUCAUCCCAACAUUCCCAGCACCCAGCGGGAGAU